AUGGCAGAAACUUCAAUCCGAUUCGGAAUUCUUGGCUGCGCAGGUAUAGCGUGGAAGGUAUCGAGAGCCAUAACCUUCUCUCCCAAUUCAACACUCUACGCCGUCGGGAGCCGUUCUCUAGACAAGGCCGAGAAAUUCGCCGCCGACAAUGGUUUCCCUCCGACAGCGAAGUUUUACGACAGCUACGAAGCCGUACACGAUGACCCAGAAGUGGACGCUGUGUACGUGCCACUUCCCACUAGCUUACACGUGAAGUGGGCCGUGCUGGCCGCAGAGAAGAAGAAGCACUUGCUGCUGGAGAAGCCAGUGUCAUUGAACGUGGCCGAGUUUGAUCAGAUCAUCGAGGCCUGUGAGGCCAAUGGUGUUCAGUUCAUGGACGGAACCAUGUGGAUGCACCACCCUAGAACUGCCAAGAUGAAAGAGUUCCUCUCUGAUUCGCAGUGUUUUGGUCAGCUCGAGACGAUUCACAGCAUCUUUACAUUUUCUGGUGAUGAAGAUUUUCUCAAGAAUGAUAUCCGGGUAAAGCCAGAUCUUGAUGGCCUUGGGGCUCUUGGUGAUCUUGGCUGGUACUGCAUCAGGGCCAUAUUGUGGGCUGUUGACUAUGAACUGCCCAAGACAGUGACUUCCCUCCGUGGAGCUAUUCUUAAUGAAGCAGGAGUGAUCUUGGCUUGUGGGUCUUCUUUGCAAUGGGAGGAUGGGAAAACAGUAACUUUCCACUGCUCAUUCCUUUCGAAUUUGACCAUGGAUUUAACUUUGGUCGGAACCAAAGGAACAGUACAUGUUCAUGAUUUUGUUAACCCUUGUGAUGAGAAAACUUCUUUGUUUUCCACAGCUUCUAAGACUGGAUUUACGGAUUUCGCCACAGGUUGGGAUCCAUUGCCUUCUAAGAGUGUGGUCGCAACAGAUCUGCUUCCUCAAGAUGCCUGCAUGGUGAAGGAGGUUUCAAGGUUGGUGGAAAGUAUAAAAGAGGGUGGUUCCAAACCAGAGAGUAUGUGGCCCAGCAUCAGCAGGAAGACACAACUGGUUCUAGAUGCAGUUAAGGAAUCCAUUGAGAAAGGUUUCGAACCAGUCCAGGUUGGGGGUUAA